AUGAGAGAUCGUAGGAAACGAAACGGCGUCGUUGCAUGGAGCACGUUCUUCUGGUGCACCCUCCUCAUUGUCUUCUCUUCCGUCCUCUUCACCACCCUCACCUUCUCCUCCCUUCGUCCCUUCUCCUUUCACCCAAACGCCGUCUACAAAUGGAGAAAUCCGGCCAUGGAAGCAAAAUCCGGCUACUCUCCGGCAACAAUCGCCGUCAGGGAAACAGUUAUGCUUCCGGAUCAGGCUCUCAUUUUCCUCAAUUACCCUCCGUCUUUUCGCUUUUAUACCAAACGUGACCUCCACUGCGUUUAUUUCAGCGCUGACUCGUCCAGGCCUCAGCUCACUGAGCCGCCGAUUCAAGUCCACCCUGCUCGGCUCCACGAACAGAUCGUACGGUGCUCGCUCCCUCCACGUGGCUACAAUGUAUCGCUUCAAAUUAGUUCAAACGGUGCCGUUCAGGCAAGAGACUCAUCAAUCCACAACUGGGACCCACUGGUCUACGAAGCACUCUUCGACCGCGACAACACCACCAUCGUGUUUGUGAAGGGCCUCAAUCUCCGUCCCGAGAGACUCGCUGAACCGUCUAGAUUCCAAUGCGUGUACGGCUGGGAUUUCACUAAGCCAAAGUUCUUGUGGAAAACCGACGUCGUAUCCGUUGCCCAAGAGAUUGUACGAUGCAGAACCCCCAUGGGCAUUUUAACCGACCAAGGCCAAGGCCAAGCCCAUUUUGUUAAAGUCUCUGUUCAAGUAGAAGGGAAGGGAAUAUUUCCCUCUAUAGCCAGGCCCGGGCUUCGUUCACACAACCCAACAAACAAAAAAGCCCACGAGAUUUGUGUGUGCACCAUGCUUCGCAACCAGGCCCGGUUCAUAAAAGAGUGGGUGAUGUACCACACAAGAAUCGGAGUCCAACGCUGGUACAUCUACGACAACAAUAGCGAUGACGACAUAGAUAAUGUGAUUGAGUUCCUGCAAAAUGCUGGAUACAACAUCACGCAGCACCUGUGGCCCUGGGUCAAGACCCAAGAGGCUGGGUUUGCCCAUUGUGCCCUACGGGCCCGGGCCUCAUGCGAGUGGGUUGGGUUUUUUGACGUGGACGAGUUUUUCAACAUUAAAAUAAAAGGGGGCUUGCAUCAUGUGAUCUGGCACCAUGCCAGGCCCGGAAGCAACGUGGGUGAGAUAAGGACACCAUGCUACAGUUUUGGGCCUUCGGGCUUGAAAGAUGUGCCGCGACAAGGAGUGAUGGUGGGGUACACGUGUCGGCUGGUGGCACGUGAGAGGCACAAGAGCAUAGUAAGACCUGAGGCAUUAAAUCAAAGCCUGAUCAACGUGGUGCACCAUUUUCAUUUAAGUGCACCAUUUGUGGCCGUUGAUGUGGAUUAUGGUGUGAUGGUGAUUAACCACUAUAAGUACCAGGUGUGGAAAGUGUUUAAGGAGAAAUUCUAUAGGAGAGUUGCGACUUACGUGGCGGAUUGGCAGGAAGAGCAAAAUGUGGGGUCCAAGGAUAGAGUGCCCGGUUUGGGGACCAAAGCGGUCGAACCGGCUGAUUGGUCAAACCGGUUUUGUGAGGUUAGGGAUAUGGGUUUGAGGAACCGGGUGUUGAGGAACUUUGUGGACCGGCGAACCCGUCUUUUGCCGUGGCAACCCGAGUUUGAGCAUCAUAUUAAAAAGAGGCGAAGACGAAAAGAGAAAAGGCCUCUUAUGAUAUGA